ACACAUGACAGCUGAAAAUCUCGAUAAAUUCUAAACUUGCGGUUUUCCAAACUUAAUCAUGGGUUUUGGUGAUUAUCCAAAAGAAUACAACCCAGCUGUUCAUGGCCCUUAUGAUCCUGCCCGAUAUUAUGGAAAACCCGAUACUCCUUUUGGACAAGUAAAAAUUAGUGAGCUUGGUUCAUGGUUUGCUCGAAGGAAUAAGACACCUUCGGGUAUAGCUGGUGCUUGCAGCAGAGCAUGGUGGAGAUGGCAACACAAGUAUAUGCAGCCAAAGAAAGUGGGCAUGGCCCCAUUCUUCCAGCUUCUCGUCGGGUCGAUGACUUUCUUCUACGUUAUUAACUAUGGAAAGAUGAAGCAUCACAGGAACUACAAAUACCACUAAAGGGAACAUCCAGCUGGCCUGCAGGACCUCCACUCGAGUUUAAAAUAUCUGCAUGUCAAUAUUUAUCUUCAUAGUGCUUUCAUGUUACAACAGUAAUAAUAAAAAUAGUUAAAACUC